ACCGCGACCUAGAAGCUACAUCUAUUCCUACACUAGCAUUGUUAUGGGCUCUCAGGCCCUUCCAGCAGAAGCUGAUGUUCAUAUGAUCAUCUCAGACGUUGAUGGGACUCUGCUCGACUCGGACCACAGACUUCACCCGAGAACGUUCCAUGCACUCCAAUGGCUUCGUAAAAACAGGCCUUCGCUGCCAAUCGUCAUAGCGACAGGCAAGCAACGGACGAGUGUCAUAGAGAUUCGGGAACCUCUCAAUUUAGAUGUCUUUCGGGCUUCUCAUCUUAAUGGGUGCGUUGUCUAUAACCCAGGUGGCGUUGUUGCUUCAGAGGUCGGUCUCGACAAGGAUACACUCAUUCAAUUGUACCGCCAAUUCUCAGCAGCUGGCAUUUCUACUUUUUUCUAUGAUCGCGAAAAGGUUUAUGAAGUGCAAGGAACAGAUGGUCCGAUCUGGGGUGACAAAUUACGGGGAUACGGCGAGUCAGUCGUCUCUGUGGAUGAAUCCUUUGUACAGCAAAUACAGGAUGGCAGUGUGACCAUCAUCAAAGCUGCUAUUUGUCAAAAAGCUGGGCCUGAGCUUGAACAGUCUCGUGGAUGGCUGACGCAACAGUAUGCACACAAUGCCUUUACCAUGGUACAGGCGCUCCCCUUUUGCAUUGAACUCAUCCCUACCACUGGCUCAAAAGGUAUUGCACUUGCCAAGAUACUCGACUUGCACGAGCCCAAGAUUCAAGCCAAAAACGUCCUGUCAUUCGGAGACGGCCAGAAUGAUGUUUCCAUGUUUGAAAUUGCUGGGUAUGCGGUUGCCAUGGCCAACGCAAUGCCAGCGGCUGUUGAAGCGAGUACCCAUCGGACCCUGAGCAACGAUGAGGGGGGCGUGGGUGUAUUCUUGGAGCAGCUGUACGGCUUUACUUAUGAGGAGAAGCCAUAUGACUACUGGCUGUAAUGAAAUAGAUGGAUUAGACGAAUCAUAGACAGAUGGUACGGCUGAAGAGCUCCAAUGCCAAGCUGAUGCAGCAUUGUGUGAUGGCAGGAUCAUAUCGGCCCUUCUCAUCUUCAUCGCGAACAAAUGCAUGCUGUGCGUUGGCCAAUUCCAACCAGGUAAAGCGAACGCCUGCGUUAUCGAGUG